UAUAUAUAUCCUCUGAGUAACCCUGGAAAAAGAACAUAAGGAGAAGAACCAAUAAGAUGCAGGCUUCCAAGGAAACAUCUUAUGAAGAUUUUGAGCCUUUGUGCAAAUGGAGAAGGGAUCAAAACUGUGACAAGCUUGAAGUCCAUCUUCAAGGAUUCAAAAGGCAGCAAUUGAAAAUUCAGAUUCACAGUUCUGGGAUCUUGGAAAUUUCUGGAGAACGUCUAAUGGAAGAAGGUAAAUCGAAAAGAACAAUAAGCAGAUUCAGGAAAGAAUUCCCAAUUUCAGAAGAUUAUCAACGAACCCAAAUUCAUGCAAAGUUCUAUAACGGCAUUCUUCAUCUCGUAAUGCCUAAACAAAUUCCCACCAUUUCUGCUGCCGCUGAUGAGAAUAAUGAUGGUAAAGCUUCAAGUAGUGGCACAUCAUAUCUAACUUGUUUAAUGAAGAAUAAAAAUAUGGCUUUGGAAAUCAUGGUAUUAGCAAUUUCUUUGGCAAUUGUUGGGGCUUAUGUAAAGAAAUAUUGUCAAUGUUCUUUGCAAUAAAAGUUGUACUUAAUUUGAAAUUUCAACAUCACAUAUAUGUAUCCAAACAGUGUGGUUAAUUUACCUUGUCAAGAAUAGAAACAAUUAGGAAGCACUUUUAAGUACCACCGGGUGGCUUUAGACAUGAUUAAGGAGCUGAAUGUGUUUAGCCAGCUCCUUGCUUUUAUGAGAUUAGCAAUUUGUCAUCUGUUUUACACACACGUUUCUUGCUUUUAUGCUAAAUAUGAAUAAAACAUUUUAUUAUUCUAGAAAAA